CCUGAGCUAUACCCUACCUUUGAAUUCGCAGUGUUGCGAGUGAGUGUGUGUGUGUAUGUAUGAGUGUGUUAUCCUGCGCCGUGCCCUGCCCGUUAUGCCUACCUCUCCGGUAUACACCUGAGAACACUACAUACCUGGGCGGUUCCACGGAGACGGGUUCGAAAAAGUGACUAAAACGGAUGAUUGUUGUUUGGAGAAGACUAGAUCGAAGAAAAUACCGAGAUACCCGAGUUUUGUAGGGAAAAAGAGGAGUGCGGUAGAGGACUGCUAUCCUUUCGAUCUCCCGUUUCACCUGGCGAGAGUCACCAAACUUCUUCGGGGAUAACUUUUCCGUUAAUCGGUGCAGCGGUAAUUACUUUUAAUCAAUCAUCAAAACGUUCGAAUCGAGAGGAGGAGCACUUUAAAUUGACAAUGCCGCGAGCCUUUCUGGUGAAAAAGUCGAGUAUCUCGCCCGGUAAGCGGAACUGGAGCGAGCUUCCCGACAAUGAGCGCGGGGACGUCUAUAUCCCAGUCUCCAUCUUCCCCCCAUCCUUCCCCGUGGUGUCAGAGGGUUGUCCAGCAGAACCGGUCCAGUGCCUCUCCACCAGCACACACACACACACGCAGACACACACACAGACACACACACAGACACACACGCAGACACACACACACACAACGCUGCAGGAGGGCACGUCGCUAGGGCAACCCCAGAGUCCCCAGGGGUCAGAGGUCAUGAGGAGGGCGAUGCCGAACGGGGCGUACGUGCGCUCUAAAAUGAAGGUAACCACAGGCGAGCCCCUUAGCGACCCCACCACCCGCACCCCUCCUCCUCCUCAGCCCCCCCUCAACGACGUCACCGCAACUCCUGUCGCCCAGGUGACCGCCACCCCCCCCAGCCUCCCCCAGCCCCGUCUCCACCCCCGUCUCCACGGUGACGGGCGGAGUGGGCGUGUUCUUGUGCCAGGUGUGUCAGAAGGGCUUCCAGUUCCAGCGCAUGCUGAACAGACACCUGAAGUGUCACAGCGACACCAAGAGACACCCCUGCAGCUUCUGUGGGAAGGGCUUCAACGACACCUUCGACCUGAAGAGACACGUACGCACACACACAGGCGUGCGUCCCUACAAGUGUGCUGAGUGUGACAAGGCCUUCACCCAGCGCUGCUCCCUGGAGUCCCACAUGAAGAAGAUCCACGGGGUGUCCCAGCGCUAUGCCUACAAGGAGCGCCGCAACAAGCUGUACGUGUGUGAGGAAUGCGGCCACACCGCCCCCACCCAGGA